AUGUUGUGGGCGAUCUUGUCACUGCUGCUGCUGGUGGCGGCGGAGCACGACGAGGGGCGGCUGUGCCGGCGGGGAGCAGUGGUGGAGCUGGACGGAUCCAACUUCGAUGCAGCCAUCUCCGAGUGCCGCAACAUCCUCGUCGAUUUCUACGCACCCUGGUGCUCGCAUUGCAAUGCACUCUCUCCCCAGCUGGACGAGGCGGCCUCGCAGCUGGCGAGUGAGCCCGAGGAGCUGACGCUCGCCAAGAUCAACGUCGACAAUGAGUAUCCAACUCUGAAGCUCUUCGUGGAUGGAAUUCACACGGACUACCGAGGCCCACACAAAGCCGAGCUCAUGGUGGCGCACCUGAGAAGGAUGCUGGCACCUCCUCUCUCGACUCUACAGUCUCCAUCAGCUGUCAAGCAGUUUUUGGAGCGGGCGGGCGAUAAGCUCCCUGUCUUCGUCGGCUUUGGAGUGGAGGUUCCUACACUGGCUGAGCUAGCACAAGAACACAGACUGAGAGCAUGGUUUGCUACAGUUGAUCAAGAAAGCUCGGCAUCAGAGUUGGAUUUGCUUUCAAGUGACUACGGGCUGACGGUGCUUCCAGCUUUGCUUGUUCAGCACGCCUCCAUGAACGAACAAGCUGUGUUCCACGGGCCUUUCCAAGGUACGAGCCUUCUGUUUCUGCGACCUUUGACCCUCCCUGGACGCUCUUUUCUAGCAGGGGAGGGCUUGGCCUCGUUCGUGAGGCAUAACCUCUUGCCUCCGGUGACAACCUUGACGUAUGACAACUUGGAGCUUGUUAAGGCGGAUGGGAGGCCAGUUGUCUUGGCCAUUGUUACAGGUGCUGGAGUUUUCAACCACAUGAAAGAACUGGCUCGGGAGCACCCCGAGAUGCUUUUUGCACUGCUCAACUCUUCCUCUCCUCUCGCUGACAUCUUUUACGCAUCAAAAGUGCUUGUUUGGGACGGCAAGACGUAUUUCUACACGAUAUCGGCUUUGGUGGAGGAUUUCAAAAACAACAAAGUCAAGAGAAGUAUCAUUAAACAGCCUUCAUUCAUGGAACAACUGAUGGGCUUCAUUGGACAGAACGUCUUGUACAUUGUCUUGUUCUUUGUAACCAUUGUGGUGUUUCUACAGAGCAUGGACUGGGCUCAACCUGGAGCUGCCCGUCAUUGA